AUGGUCGGGGGUCAUUUGGACUGGUCGUGUUUGGAGUAUAAACCUCGUCAUCGCCGGCCGCUCCAGACCCUGACUCUCCGAGCCCACUGCUCCCCUCCUCUCUAAUUCCUGCUCAUCAUUUGGCCCUCCACCUAAAUCCAAGAUGUCCAAGAAUGCCCCAACCGGGGACGAGAAGUUCCUCUUUGUCGACAAAGACUUCCUGAACAGCCCCAUGGCGCAGGCAGACUGGUCGGCCAAGAAGCUGGUGUGGAUCCCGUCGGAGAAGCACGGCUUCGAGGCGGCCAGUGUCAAGGAGGAGCACGGUGACGAGGUGCUGGUGGAGCUGUCGGAUUCCGCCAAGAAGAUGACAGUCAACAAGGAUGACAUCCAGAAGAUGAACCCUCCCAAGUUCAGCAAGGUGGAGGACAUGGCCGAGCUCACCUGCCUGAAUGAGGCGUCCGUGCUGCACAACAUCCGUGAGCGGUACUUCUCUGGUCUCAUAUAUACGUACUCCGGCCUCUUCUGCGUCGUGGUGAACCCCUACAAAAUGCUGCCAAUCUACUCAGAGAAGAUCAUCGACAUGUACAAAGGGAAGAAAAGACAUGAAGUGCCCCCUCACAUCUACUCCAUCACUGAUAACGCCUACAGAAACAUGAUGCAAGUGGAGAGUCCGGCGCUGGGAAGACGGAGAACACCAAGAAGGUCAUCCAGUAUCUGGCUGUAGUGGCCUCCUCACACAAAGGCAAGAAGGACAGCAGUGCUGGGGAGCUGGAGAAGCAGCUCCUGCAGGCCAAUCCCAUCAUGGAGGCCUUCGGAAAUGCCAAGACCAUCAAGAAUGACAACUCCUCCAGAUUUGGAAAAUUCAUCCGCAUCAAUUUUGAUGUGACAGGCUACAUUGUUGGAGCCAAUGUUGAGACGUACCUGCUGGAGAAGUCACGCUGUAUCAGACAGGCAAAGACAGAGAGAGCUUUUCACAUCUUCUACUACAUGAUUGCUGGGGCCCAAAAACAUCGUGAGGAACUGCUUCUGGAGCCCUUCAGUAAUUACCGCUUCCUGAGUGCGGGCCACGUUCAGGUCUCUGGCCAGCAAGACGAUGAGCUGUACGAGGAGACCAUGGAGGCCAUGAAGAUCAUGGGCUUCACUGAUGAGGAGAGAAUCGACAUCCUCAAGGUUUGCUCCACCGUGAUGCAGCUGGGAAACAUCGAGUUCAAGAAAGAAAGGAACCAGGAGCAGGCCACUAUGCCAGACAACACUGCGGCUCAGAAGGUGUGUCAUCUUCAGAGCAUCAACGUGACCGACUUCACCCGUGCCAUUCUCACCCCGCGCAUCAAAGUGGGGAGAGAGGUGGUGCAGAAGGCACAGACCAAAGAGCAGGCUGACUUUGCUAUCGAAGCUCUGGCAAAGGCUGUGUUCGAGCGACUGUUUCGCUGGAUCCUGUCGCGGGUCAACAAAGCCCUGGACAAGACCAAACGCCAGGGAGCCUCAUUUCUGGGAAUCCUCGACAUUGCCGGCUUUGAGAUCUUUGAGGAUAACUCCUUUGAGCAGCUGUGUAUCAAUUACACAAAUGAGAAGCUGCAGCAGCUCUUCAACCACACCAUGUUCGUCCUGGAGCAGGAGGAGUAUCAGCGGGAGGGCAUCGAGUGGAGCUUCAUCGACUUUGGUCUCGACCUGCAGCCCUGCAUCGAGCUCAUCGAGAGACCAAACAACCCUCCUGGUAUCCUGGCCCUGCUGGAUGAAGAGUGUUGGUUCCCCAAAGCCACAGAUAUCUCCUUUGUGGAGAAACUCUUGAACACACAAGGAAACCAUAUUAAAUUUGCCAAAACCAAACAACUCAAGGACAAGACAGAGUUUUCUAUCUUCCACUAUGCUGGGAGGGUGGACUAUAACGCCUACGCCUGGUUGACAAAGAAUAUGGAUCCUCUCAAUGACAACGUCACAGCGCUGCUCAACAACUCCUCCAGCCAGUUUGUGCAAGAUCUCUGGAAAGAUGCUGACAGGGUGGUCGGCCUCGACACGAUAGCCAAGAUGACGGACAGCUCCAUGCCGAGCUCCUCCAAGACCAAGAAGGGGAUGUUCCGCACGGUGGGACAGCUGUACAAGGAGUCUCUGGCCAAACUCAUGACCACGCUGCACAACACCCAGCCCAACUUUGUCAGAUGCAUCAUCCCCAACCACGAGAAGAGGGCAGGGAAGCUGGAUGCUAAUCUGGUCCUGGAGCAGCUGAGGUGUAACGGUGUGCUGGAGGGAAUCAGGAUCUGCCGACAAGGGUUUCCCAACCGAAUCCUAUUCCAGGAGUUCCGCCAGCGUUAUGAGAUCUUGGCUGCUGGCUCUAUUCCCAAAGGUUUCAUGGAUGGUAAACAAGCCUGCUGCCUCAUGAUCAAGCAUGUGGACUUGGACCCCAACCUGUACAGGAUUGGACAGAGUAAGAUAUUCUUCCGCACAGGAGUGUUGGCCCAGCUGGAAGAGGAGAGAGAUCUGAAGAUCACUGUGAUUAUCAUCGCCUUCCAGGCCCAGGCUCUAGGCUUCCUGGCCAGAAGGGCAUUUGCAAAGAGGCAACAGCAGCUCACAGCCAUGAAAGUCAUUCAGAGGAAUUGUGCUGCCUACCUUAAACUGAGGAACUGGCAGUGGUGGAGGCUCUUCACAAAGGUCAAGCCUUUGCUGCAAGUGACCCGACAGGAGGAGGAGAUGAGUCUGAAGGACGAUGAGUUGGUGAAAGCCAAAGAAGUUGCCAUAAAGUUUGAAUCUGAGCUCAAGGAGAUCUCCCUGAAACACACAUCGGUGUUGGAGGAGAGGAAUGCACUGCAGGAGCAGCUCCAGGCAGAAACAGAGCUGUAUGCUGAGGCUGAGGAGAUGAGGGUUCGUCUGGGGGCUAAGAAGCAGGAGUUGGAAGAGAUCCUUCAUGAGAUGGAGGCGAGGUUGGACGAAGAGGAAGAACGUGCUCAAGCGCUGCUCGUGGACAAGAAGAAAAUGCAACAGCAGAUGCAGGAAUUGGAGGAACAUCUGGAAGAGGAGGAGGACGCACGUCAAAAGCUGCAGCUGGAGAAGGUUACCUACGAGGGAAAGAUCAAAAAGCUGGAUGACGAUAUUCUGGUGAUGGAGGACCAGAACAACAAGUUGGUGAAGGAGCGUAAGGUGAUGGAGGAGAGACUUGCGGACUUCAGCUCCAAUCUGGCUGAGGAGGAGGAGAAGUCAAAGAACCUCACCAAGCUCAAAAAUAAACACGAGUCCAUGAUCUCUGAAUUAGAAGUCCGUUUGAAGAAGGAAGAGAAGGGUCGCCAGGAGCUGGACAAGGCUAAGCGGAAGUUGGAGGCCGAGUCGAAUGACCUACAAGAGCAGGUAGCUGACCUGCAGUCUCAGAUCGCUGACCUCAAAGCUCAGCUCGCCAAGAAGGAGGAGGAGUUACAGAAUGCCUUGGCCAGGUUAGAAGAUGAAACAGCCCAGAAGAACAACGCGCUGAAGAAGGUCAGAGAACUGGAGGGACACAUCUCCGACCUGCAGGAGGACCUCGACUCUGAACGGGCGGCCAGGAACAAGGCAGAGAAGAUCAAACGAGACCUCGGGGAAGAGCUGGAGGCCCUCAAGUCCGAGCUGGAGGACACCCUGGACACCACCGCCACUCAGCAAGAACUAAGAGCCAAACGUGAACAGGAUGUGACGCUGCUGAAGAGAGCCAUCGAGGACGAGAACCGAACCCAUGAGGCCCAGGUCCAUGAGAUGAGACAGAAACACACCCAGGCUGUGGAGGAGCUCACGGAGCAGCUGGAGCAGUCCAAGAGAGUGAAGUCUACCCUGGAGAAGGCCAAACAAGCUUUGGAGAAGGAGACGUCCGAGUUAACGAUGGAGGUGCGCUCACUGGCCCAGGCCAAACAAGACGGGGAGCACAAGAGGAAGAAGUUGGAGGGUCAGGUGACGGAUCUGCAGUCACGCUUCAACGACAGUGAGAAGCAGAAGGCUGAGCUGGGAGAGCGCUGCUCCAAGACUAUUGUUGAACUGGAGAGUGUGACAAACCUAUUGAAUGAAGCAGAAGGCAAGAACAUCAAACUGAGCAAAGAUGUUUCCAGCUUCUCCGCCCAACUCCAAGACUCACAGGAGCUGCUGGCCGAGGAGACGCGCCAGAAGCUGCAGCUCUCCGCAAAGCUUCGGCAAGUGGAGGACGACAAGAACAGUUUGCAGGAGCAGCUUGAGGAGGAGAUGGAGGCCAAGAGGAACGUGGAUCGACACGUGUCGACCCUCAACAUCCAGCUGUCCGAUUCAAAGAAGAAGCUUGAGGAAAUGACAGGAAACGUUGAGCUGCUUGAGGAGGGCAAGAAACGUCUGCAGAGAGACUUGGAGGCGGCCAACACCCAGUUUGAGGAGAAGGCCUCAGCAUUCGACAAGCUGGAGAAGACCAAAAACCGUCUGCAGCAGGAGCUGGAGGACACGCUGAUGGACCUGGACAACCAGAGGCAGAACGUGUCCAACCUGGAGAAGAAGCAGAAGAAGUUUGACCAGAUGCUGGCUGAGGAGAAGAUGAUCUCCAGUAAAUAUGCAGAUGAGAGAGACAGGGCUGAAGCUGAGGCCAGAGAGAAGGAGACCAAAGCUCUCUCCCUGGCCAGAGCUCUGGAUGAGGCCCAGGUCUCCAGGGAGGAGAUGGAGAGAGCCAACAAGGUCCUGAAGGCGGAGAUGGAGGACCUGAUCAGCUCCAAGGAUGAUGUGGGAAAAAGUGUCCACGAGCUGGAGAAGUCCAAACGAAGCCUGGACGCCCAGGUGGAGGAGAUGAAGACUCAGCUGGAGGAGCUGGAGGACGAGCUGCAGGCGGCAGAGGACGCCAAGCUGCGUCUGGAGGUCAACAUGCAGGCGCUGAAGGCCCAGUUCGAGAGAGACCUCCAGGGACGUGAUGAGAUGGGAGAGGAGAAGAAGAGGCAGCUUGUCAAGCAGGUUCGUGAGCUGGAGACGGAGCUGGAGGAUGAACGUAAACAGAGGGCCCUUGCGGCAGCAGCCAAGAAGAAGCUGGAGACAGACAUGAAAGAUCUGGAGGGACAGAUCGAGACAUCCAAUAAGGGACGGGACGAGGCCAUCAAGCAGCUCCGCAAGCUUCAGGGCCAGACGAAGGACUUCCAGAGGGAGCUGGACGAUGCCCAUGCUGCCAGGGAGGAGGUGCUGACCACUGCAAAGGAGAGCGAGAAGAAGGCCAAGGGUCUUGAGGCCGAACUCAUGCAGCUGCAGGAGGAAAUGGCUGCGGCAGAGAGGGCGAGGAAGCAGGCAGAAGCCGAAAGAGACGAGCUGGCCGACGAGCUGGCCAGCAACUCCUCUGGAAAGUCAGCCUUGUCAGAUGAGAAGCGUCGUCUGGAAGCGAAGAUCUCCCAGCUGGAGGAGGAGCUGGAGGAGGAGCAGAGCAACAUGGAGAUCAUCAACGACAGGCUGAGGAAGAGCACGCAGCAGGCGGAGCAGCUGAACAACGAGCUGCAGACAGAGCGCAGUGCCUCCCAGAAGAACGAGAGCGCUCGGCAGCAAAUGGAGCGCCAGAACAAGGAGCUGAAGACCAAGCUCCAGGAGAUGGAGAACCAGGUCAAGUCCAAGUUCAAGUCCUCCAUCUCUUCCUUGGAGGCCAAAGUGGCACAGCUGGAGGAGCAGCUGGAGCAGGAGAACAGGGAGAAGCAGGCCUCAGCCAAGGGGAUACGUCAGAAGGACAAGAAGCUGAAGGACCUGAUAAUGCAGGUGGAAGACGAAAGAAAGCAGGCAGAGCAGUACAAAGACCAGGCUGAGAAGUCAAAUACCCGCAUGAAGCAGCUGAAGAGGCAGCUAGAGGAGUCGGAGGAGGAGUCUCAGCGCGCUACGGCCGCCCGCAGGAAGCUGCAGCGGGAGCUGGAUGAAGCCACCGAGGCAAAUGACGCCAUGAGCCGCGAGGUCAACACUCUCAAGAGCAAACUCAGGCGUGGAAACGAGCCCUCCUUUGGCAGCACACCUCGGCGCAUGGGCGGAAGCCGGAGGGUGGUUGAGGAUGCCUCAGAGGAUGAGGCCGACUCCCAGGGCGACUUCAACGGAACAAAGUCCGCGGAGUAAGGUGACGUCAAAUCACCAGAUAUCAAAUUUAUCUUCCUGGGACAAAGUGUGCCACUUAAAACCAAGAAUAACUUUAAAAGGCCUGACAUGCUAUCUAGUUCUUCCAUAUCACUUCAAACGUAUAGAUAUCUUCUCCCAUUUCCAGUAGUGUACUGAUCUGUCUUCUUGUUUCCGAGCACUUUUUCUUGACAAACCAAUCAGGAGGACUUGGUGUCGACUUAGGGGAGUUGUUUCGUUGGCUCUGCUGAUGUGUGAUUUGCAGUUCCUUUUAAAAACAAAAAUAUAUUUACACUGUGUUGAACUGCACUGAAUGACUUUUGUACACAAUAUGUAGGUGCCUCUAAUUACCACACUAAGUUGCCUGGAAAAAACGUGGGUCUCUCCACAAUAAGUGACCUUAGAAGUUAAAGCAGAGACACAAUGUAAAUCUACAGAUGUGUAACUAUGAUCAGCAACGUCCCCUGUUGUCGUCCUGUUGCCUGUAACUGCUGUUUAAGUGUUUCAGAGCAGCACUGAAGUGGUUCAUCAGACUGGAUAUGUAGUCAAGAUUAUAUUUCUAUACCCAGUCUGCUUCCAAUCAGUGCUGCCAUUUGUACCCCAAUGAACAAAUAUUUAGACGUUUCUAAAGUCGUCAAUUUAUAUUUUAUUUGCACCUUUCAUGUGUCCUGAUAUGUCAAGUGAACUUCUAUUCCAGAAAUAGCCGAAUGUCAAACAAGGUUUAGUAACCUCAACUAUAACUAAAAUGAUGAGCCAGAUGUGUCUCACACCUUCCAUAUUUGUCCUUUGUCCAGAUUUUACUGUACCUGUUCAAUAUGCCCCUCAUCACCCUAAACGCAGUACUGUUUGUAAUCAACCAAUGUUUACAUGACACCAUUCGCUUCUAUUCAUUGUUGAACCACCUGCACAAGAAAUAAAGAUAUAUAUAUAA